AGAGAGAGAGAAACAGGGAUGAGGAUGGAAGCAGAAAUGAACAGGGCUAAGGGAGAUUCACAACACUCUCGCGAUUGAUCAAGAAGCAGGUGCUGGACCUUCGUCCACAUCAGACUGAUGUCAGAGCAGAAAUGGAUGUGCGGUAGGACUCUAUGAGCUCCAGCAUCUGACCGAACGAACUUCUGAUUCAUGCGAAUCUAGUCUCGAGGUCAUCGAUCAUCAGUUCUUUCAUUCUAUUCGAAGCUUUGCGCGUUUCGCGGGACCUUCGUCGAAUUUUUCGCCCUUAAAUCAAUCCGCCGGUUCAUCCUCUGCAGUUUGAAGCUGCACAGCAUGAACGGAGGCUGAUCAUGAAUAUAAAACACAUCAGAUCCGUCAUAUAAUGGGAAUCGAGGACGCGAGCAUGAGGAACGGAAGGGCUCUGUCCGAUCAGUGGGCCGACAGCGUGGUGGUCCGGCCCCGGACGACCGAGCAGCACAUCACGGUGCAUAAGAGACUUGUUCUGGGCUUCGCCAUCUCCAUCCUCACCCUCAUUAUCGUCACGGCCAUCGCCAUCACGCUCAGCGUCAGCUUCGAGAGAUGCGCCGCGGAGAGCAGCGGGGCUUUAGCCGCGAACAGCACCAGCAACAGUAAGUGGAAACAGUCCCGGGACGGGAACAUCAGUCAAAGAGACUCAGAGGACGGCCAGCAGCCCUGGCGACAUCUGCGCUUACCGGCCACCCUGCGCCCGCGCCACUACGACCUCCGACUGUCCGUGUACAUGGAGAACUUCACCUUCUCCGGCGAGGUGAACAUUGAGUUCGAAUGCGUCCACUCUACAAAGUUGAUCGUGCUGCACACGGACCGGCUGGAGGUGGAGAAAGUGCUGGUGUAUUCGGACAGUAAGAAAGCGGGCGCCAUGAGGAUCCAGCGCCGUUUCCACUACCAGCCCAAACAGGUGUAUGUGAUCGCGCUGCACAGAGAGAUGAAGCCGCUCAGAACAUACAAGAUCAACAUCACUUUUCACGCACACAUUGAGCACGAACUCCUGGGCUUCUUCCGCAGCUCGUACGUGCUGAAUGGAGAAAGAAGGUUUCUCGCGGUGACGCAGUUCUCACCGACUCAUGCUAGAAAGGCCUUUCCGUGUUUCGACGAGCCCAUCUAUAAAGCCACAUUCAGAGUGAGUCUGAAACAUGAGAGCUCGUAUCAGUCGCUGUCCAACAUGCCAGUGGAGGCCUCAACGUCUGACAAGGAUGGAUGGGUGACCAACCAUUUCUCCAGGACGCCCCGCAUGUCCACGUACUACCUGGCCUGGGCCGUGUGCAACUUCACCUACAGAGAAGCAGUUACAGACAAUGGAGUUGUGAUUCGGCUGUACGCCAGACCUGACGCCAUCCAGAGCGGAUCGGGGGACUACGCUCUGCACAUCACCAAGAGACUCUUGCAGUUUUACCAGGAUUACUUCAAAGUCAAAUAUUCCCUCCCUAAAUUAGAUCUCCUGGCAGUGCCGAAGCAUCCGUAUGCAGCCAUGGAGAACUGGGGCCUGAGUGUGUUUGUGGAGCAGAAGAUCUUGCUGGAUCCUGACGUCUCCUCCUUCUCCUAUCAGAUGGAGCUCACCAUGGUGGUGGUGCAUGAGAUCUGCCAUCAGUGGUUUGGGGAUCUAGUCACACCAGUUUGGUGGGAGGACGUUUGGCUGAAGGAGGGAUUUGCGCAUUACUUCGAGUACAUCGGAACUGAUUUCCUCUUUCCAAAGUGGAACAUGGAGAAGCAGAGGUUUCUGACUGAUGUUCUUCAUGAGGUGAUGUUACUGGACGGUUUGGCCAGUUCUCAUCCGAUCUCUCAGGAAGUGUUUGAAGCCACAGACAUCGACAGAGUGUUUGACUGGAUCGCGUAUAAGAAGGGUGCCGCUCUGAUCCGUAUGCUGGCUAACGUCAUGGGACAGCCGCUAUUCCAGAGAGGCCUCAAUGAUUACUUGAUGACGCACAUGUACGGGAACGCGGCGAGAGAUGACUUGUGGAACAAAUUCUCCGAGGCCAUGCAGCGGGAGGGAAAGGAUAUCAACAUUACACAGGUCAUGGACCGCUGGACCCUGCAGAUGGGCUACCCUGUGGUCACCAUUAGCAAGAACGAAAGUCUUGACAACAGCGUCACCAUCUCCCAAGAGCACUUCGUCUAUGACACAGAGGCCAAGAUCCAGAAUCCUGAGCUGUUCAACAAAAGCUUCCAGUGGCAAAUACCGCUGACGCUCGCAGUGGGAAACUCCAGUCACAUAUCAACAGAGACCAUCAUUUGGGUCUCCAACAAAACAGAGACGCACAGAGUGGGUCACGUGGAUGGCGAGACGUGGUUGCUGGGCAACAUCAAUCAAACAGGCUACUUUAGAGUGAACUACGACCUUCACAACUGGAGGCUUCUCAUUCAGCAGCUGAUGACCAACCCAACGAUCAUCUCUGUGGGCAACAGGGCCGGUCUGAUUGAUGACGUCUUCAACCUGGCGAGAGCGGGGUAUUUGCCCCAAAACGUGCUACAGAUGAUCUCGUAUUUGUCUCAGGAGACGGAGUUUCUGCCGUGGCACGCUGCUAGUCGAGCUCUUUACCAGCUGGAUAAACUCCUGGACCGCACUGAAGACCACAGCCUGUUCAGCGACUAUGUUCUAAGACAGGUGGAACCGAAGUAUCACAAGUUGGGCUGGCCAGCCACUUCCCCUGAUGGCUCCUUCAUGCAGGCGGUUUAUCAGACCGAAGAGUUGCAGCGAGAGGUGAUGAUGCUGGCUUGCAGUUUCGGAAACAAACAUUGUCACCGGCAGGCUGUUUCUCUCAUUUCAGACUGGAUUUCCAGCAACAAGAACAGGAUUCCACCCAAUGUACGGGACAUUGUGUACUGCACAGGUGUUUCUCUGAUGGAUGAGGAUGUGUGGGAGUUUAUCUGGAUGAAGUUUCACUCCUCUACAGCCAUCUCUGAGAAGAAGGUUCUUCUGGAAGCCUUGACCUGCAGUGACAACAUCUUCCUGCUCAACAGGCUCCUGAAUCUGUCCCUCACCUCUGACCUGGUGCCGGAUCAGGACGUGAUCGAUGUCAUCAUAAAUGUGGGCCGCAAUCCGCUUGGAAGACAUUUAGCAUGGAGAUAUUUCCGUGAGAAGUGGUACAUAUUGAAUUCCAGGUAUGGAGAGGCCUUAUUUAUGAACUCAAAAUUAAUCAGCGGCGUGACAGAGUUUCUCAACACCGAGGCUGAGUUGAAUGAGCUGAAAGAGUUCAUCAUCCUGACCAGCGGGGGAGAGUCAGCACCUGCGUUCUCUCGAGCCAUUGAGAUCGUUCAAGCUAAUGUAAAAUGGCACAUCCUGUUCCAGCAACAGUUUUACCGAUGGCUGCGGAAAGCUCCCGAUGGUUAGCUUCUAUUAGCAUGGAAACCCUAUCAGACAUUUUGAGGCCAGAGUCGUGAGGACACUUACGUGAUAUUAAAAAUAAAACAUUUAUGGACUCCAAGAAGCAGCAAAAUUGAACCUCUAUUUCCCUGCUGUUUAUGAAACAACCAGGCACUGACAAACAAAGGCAAAUUCCCAGAGAAUUGCUGGCCAGCACAGUCACUGCACCAGAGACAAUAUAAGGAGAAAAGGACGAGGUGUAGAAAAUGAUUGAAGAGAUCACAACAUUCAAUAUAUUGACUGAAGGAGUAAAAUUUGCACUUUUGAUUUAAAAAGAACCGAUUGAGUUUAAUUUUACACUAGAACAUGGAUUGAAAAAACAAUGUGAUUUGAGCCAAAGAGGCAAAUUUAUGACUCCCUUGUCCAAAUUUGUAUUCAUAAUGUCAAAUAUAAUUUUUUUCAAAACAAUCUUGACAAGCAGUUUUGAAAAUGUCUGUCUUUCCCCUGUUUCAAGCAAAUUUAGGAGCUCUAUAUGUAUGUUUGUUAACUACAAAAGAAGAAAAUACUUUGUCUACACUCACUGCAUUCCCUCCUCAAAGACUGCUGCUGUUCCGAGUUGGAACAAAAACUCUUUUUAAAUUUUAAAUUUCAGUGAUAAGCUGCUCUUUGCUUUCCUUGCACAAUCACACCAUUUUAUUGACUUAUAUUUUAUAUAAUAUCAAAUGAGGCCAUAUCUACCUUCAUCAAUCAGUUAAUUAAAGGUAACUGUAGGUCAUGAGAGGAUCCAGAACAGGCCGUUGUCAUUUUUCUGCUAUCAUGGACAAACACAUGCAGGCUUGUCUGAUUAUGGGUCGAUGCUAAUUAAGGAAUUCUUAAAGGUGCCUAUCUCUGUUGUCAUGGGUCAGUAGUGGAUUGAAGAUGAGUUUGUACAAUGGAGAUUGUAUAAUAGUGACACAUGAUAAUUUAUACAACUUGAAGGAUAUGCAUAUACAUGUAUGUUGGUUUAUGUAUAUAUGAAGAGUUCAGAUGCAAAACCAGCUAAAUCCAUCUGACAUCUUUCUUUAAAAAAAUGCAUUUUUUUCUGGCCACUUUGUAUAGGUUUCUAUGUAAGUACCGGUACUUCUGAUUGGACUGAGGCUGGAAUUUAGCGAGUUUGAAGUAAAAGUAUUUGAUGGACGUAUAAUAUGUGUCAGGAGCAUUCACUCACUAUCAUUAUCUCAUUUUUGACCAAGAUGGCUUUUAGCUGGUUUUGCAUGUGAACUCUUCAUAUAUUUAUACAAAGUUAAAUAAUAUAUGGGUCAAUGAUGUGGCGCUUUUUUGGAAUUAAAGGGAUACUUCAUCCAAAAAUGAAUAUUCUGCCAUCAUUUACUUACUUCUAAUCACUUCAGCUUUUAUUCCCAUUUAACCACUGAUCAACGCAAAAUAAAGCACAUUAGUAUGGCAAAAGUUCAACCCAGAAGCCCAAACUGUGUGCUUGACGUGUGAGAACAAACCUCAGUGGUUUUAUCCAUCAAGAAAGCAAAAGAAUUUUCAUUUUUGGAUGAUCUAUCCCUUUAAGUAAUUCAAAAGCACUGUAUAUUGAUGCAGUUUAAACAGAAAAUGGCUGAACUUCUGUGAUGAAAGUGUUCAAAUUCUGAAUUAAAAUUAAUUUGGAUUUUUAUUUAUUUUUUUUUUAACAUUGAAAUAAAACAUGUCAGGGUGGUGUAACCAUUAAAAGACUGAAAUUAUUUUAGGAUGUUUGCCAUGAUUAUGUAUAAUUAUUUCAUCUUAUUAAAAAAAAAAUAAUAAUAAUAAAUAAUAAUAAUAAUAAUUUUAUAUAUAUAUAUAUAUAUAUAUAUAUAUAUAUAUAUAUAUAUAUAUAUAAUGUUUGAAAAAUGUUUGUCCACCAAAAAAGUCACUGUGGUAUAACCAGCACAUAGGAUUUUUAGCAGUUUGUCAGAGGUCAGAUGGUAUAAUCUGGAAGUAAUGAUGUCCAUAUUCCAUGUAUUUACUUAUUUUGAUAACAUUUAUUUAAGGUGUAAUCAAUUUUAAUUACCUGGUGGUUGCACCACUUGACAUUUUUAUUAAAAUUAUGUUUACAUUUUUUUUUAAAGUGUUAAACCAACAUAAAUACAAAGAUUGCAACUCUUGGAAUGGUUCAUAUGCACUGGAUUUUAGAAGAUUUUUCCUUUUCAUCAUCUCUGACCUUUAUAAUGGACCCAUACAAAGUACAAAACAAAAUAAUUUUACCAUUUACAUUUUGUAGAUUUGUUGACCUUAAUAUCUUCAAGUUAAUUUGUGUCUGUUCUUUUUUUGUUUUUGGUAUACACGACGGACAUAAAUGUAAAAUGUGAAAAUGAAGAGCUAAAAAGAAAAAAUCAGCGAUCAGUGCCUUUUCUACCUCACUCUCCUUUUCCAAUUAGAAAGACUGGCAGUGCCUUGAAUAAACCUGUCAUAAGCAUU